AUGGGUUCCGACAAAGACACCAAGAUUGCAACGGAGAGCGCGAUACCUGGGGAAACCCCUGAGGCCGGCACGUUUCGUGAGUAUAAAUCUCUGCAAGUCGAUGGCGUCGACCCGGUGUUUGAGCAUCAAGCUCGUCUAGUGAACCAUGCGGUUCAAGGCAUUGGCAUGGGAAAGUACCAAUGGGCUCUUUUCGGACUAUGUGGCUAUGGCUGGCUGUGUGAUCAGCUUUGGCAAACGACGAUAUCCGAUGCCCUUGCACAAGUCGCCAUUGAAUUCACUCCCCAACAUUCGGCUUUUCUUUCCCUGGCCUUGAUCGCCGGGCUUGUCGUGGGCGCUUCAUUUUGGGGUCUUGGAUGUGAUCUUAUUGGAAGGCGGCUUGCAUUCAACCUGACCUUGCUGAUCGCCGGCAUCUUUGGAACUGCUGCUGGGGCUGCCCCCAACUUUGUGUCUUGCGCGGUUCUGGUUGCGCUCUGCGGCUUUGGUGUAGGAGGCAAUUUGCCCGUUGACGGUGCCGUCUUCCUAGAAUUCUUGCCCGGCACACACCAGUAUUUGCUCGAGAUCUUGGCAGUCUGGUGGUCGUUCGGACAGUUCAUCCCGGCCGGCGCAGCAUGGGGGUUCCUCCCGCGCUACUCUUGCAGUGCCGAUACGCCGGCCGGCCAAUGCCAGAAAGCCGACAACAUGGGAUGGCGGUAUCUGAUGUACUCGAUGGGGGCCAUCACGCUGGCCGGCUUCUUUGCACGCUUCUUGCUGUUUCGGCUGCGAGAAAGUCCGCGCUACCUGAUCGGCCAAGGGCGAUACCAGGAAGCUGUAGACGUGCUCAACGACGUUGCUCAAUACAACGGGACCACGCAGUUCCUCACCGUGGAAGACUUGCUGCAAGUCGAGAGAGAAUAUGCGGGACAAGGAGGAGUUCCGCGGAUUGGCAAAACCACGGCCCUGAAGAGAAUACUGGCGCAGUUCCGUCCGGGCGGGUUCAAACACGUCCGAGCACUGUUCGCGUCCAAGAAACUGGCUUGGAGCAUGACCUUGAUCAUCCUCGUUUGGGGUAUGAUCGGCUUGGCUUCGCCGUUGUACAGCAACUUUUUGCCGGAAUAUCUGGCUCUCCACGGAGCACAGAGUGGCUCUGGAAGCAUCAACAUCACAUAUCGCAACAACUUCAUCAUCAUCGCUUGCAGCAUCCCGGGAACCAUGUUGGCAGGGUGGCUGAUCGGACUCCCAUACAUUGGGCGACGGGGAACCUUGGGUCUUUCCUUGAUCCUGACCUCGGUCUUCCUCUUCGCCUUCACCGCGGCCCGGACCCAAGCACAGAUCUUGGCCUUCAAUUCUGUUUCAAGCUUCGUGCAAUACAUAAUGUGGGGUGCAUUGUACUGUUACACUCCGGAAGUAAUACCCAGUAUACACCGUGGCACGGGCACCGGGCUUGCCGCAGCCUUCAACCGCAUUUGCGGACUAAUGGCACCCAUCAUCGCCACAUAUGUCGGCUACACCAACACCCCGAUAUUUGUGUCGGCGAGUCUCUACAUUGUUGCCGGCCUAUUGAGCUUCUGCUUCCCGUACGAAACGAGUGGGAAGGCAAGUUUGUGA